CAACAGUCAUUCACACUUCCAAAGACACAUCACACAGACUGCAGGACCAGUAUGGCUCCGUUCAUGCGUGUAGCUUCUUCCAUCCUGCUGAUUUCUACAUUAGCGUCAGCUCAAUUAGGAAGGUACAACUCACCAGCACAAGACACAUGUACCCCAGACAUUGAGUUUGGGACAUACUGCCCAACCACAUGUGGAGUCGCUGAUUACCUACAUAAAUACAAGCCUGCCGUUAACAAACAGCUGGACGAAAUGGAACAGGAUUUAAAGGAAAUUGCCAACCUUACCAAAGGAGCGAAGGACAAAGUGGUCUAUCUGAAAGACUCGGAAACACAAGCACAAAAACAAGCACCAGAUACGUUCAUCAAGAAAUCCUCAAACAUGCUGGAUGAUAUACUGCGAUUUGAGAAGAGCAUUCUCGCCCAGGAAGAUCAAAUAUAUCAACUGCAGUCCAGCCUACAGAGUAAUGAGAAAAGAAUAACCGAUCUGAAGCAGAUGUCCCUCCAGCUGGACCAGAUGUGCAGCGAGCCCUGCAAAGACACUGUGGAGAUCCAGACAAUCACAGGGAAAGAUUGUCAGGACGUUGCAAACAAAGGUGGUAAGGUCAGUGGACUCUACUAUGUGAAGCCAGCCAGGGCUCUCGAGUCAUUUCUGGUCUACUGUGAGAUAGACAGCUUUGGACGUGGAUGGACGGUUCUUCAGAGGAGGCGGGAUGGCAGUGUUGACUUCAACAGAAACUGGGUUCAGUAUAAGGAAGGCUUUGGGUAUCUCUCACCAGACGAUAAAACAGAGUUCUGGCUGGGGAAUGAGAAGAUGCAUCUGUUGUCUGUUCAGUCCAACGUGCCUUACGUGCUGAGGAUCGAGAUGGUCGAUUGGGAAGGCAACAAGAAGUUUGCCGAUUAUUCCACAUUCAAAAUUGGACCAGAGGUCGAUUCAUACCGUUUGACGUAUGCAUAUUACUCUGGUGGAGAUGCCGGUGAUGCUUUCGAUGGUGUUGACUUUGGUGUUGAUCCCAGUGACAAAUUCUACACAUCUCACAACGGCAUGCAGUUCAGCACACCUGACAAAGACAACGACAAGUUCCACGAUCACUGUGCCUUACAGGAGGGCUCUGGCUGGUGGAUGAACCGCUGCCAUGCUGCUCAUCUCAACGGAAAAUACUACAGCGGUGGCAAGUACACAGAGAAGGACUCCCAGUAUGGAUAUGACAAUGGAUUAAUCUGGGCCACAUGGCACAGUCGCUGGUAUUCUCUGAAGGAGACCACCAUGAAGAUCAUUCCCAUCAACAGAAUCAGUGCUGGGGGGCAGCACACUGGUGUCAAGCAGUUUGAAGGAUUGGAAGGGCCUUUUUAAAGACCAAACCAAUGCAAACCCUUGAUUCUGAGCUAUUAUUAUUUUGUUGUUGUGAAGCUUAAGUAGAAAUACAUGGGCAUGCAUUGUAAGCGCGUGUAAACCUCUGUCUAAUGGUGUCUGAUUUUGUCAUUUUCAAUAUGACAACCUUCAGCUAACAGUUUUCCAUCUCUUCAAAUGAUGUCAAUCUUUAUACAGAAAUCAUGUCGUUAAAUUUGAUGUACUCAUUUAAUUGCAACUGGUCUAAUGCAUCACAUAUGACAACGUAUUAAUAGAAAUCCCAACUUUUUUAAAUGAAAUGUAUUCUGAAGUCAUUGUGUGAUUACGGUAGGUGAGGUUAACAUAUGUACAGUGUAUACGGUCUAACAAAUGUACACAAAUGGAACAGAACAAAAAUGAAUGUGCGAAAGCAAACUGUAAAAGCAUUUAAGAGAUUUGUAAUUUUAUUAAAAACUUUCCUUUCAUAAAA